UGGGAUUCAAGAUGACUUGCCUCCACUACAGUUCUGUGGGUUCUGGGGUGACCACUAACUCUUAUGCAGGAUCUGCAUACUCUGCCGCAGAUAGCUUUGUUAUAUUACUCUGGAUUGCAAUUGCCAUUUUUUUGGAAAGUUUGAUGUACAAUGAGCUCCUGGGUCCUGAACAGAAAAGGUGGCCUUCAGUACUGUAGGCACUUCCUAGCAGACAACGGAGUAUUCCAUGUGGAAAGAUGCAUGUGUGUAAUGCAGUCAGGAACUCAGAUGGUCAAAUUAAAGAAUGGAAGCAAAGGCUUGGUUCGCCUUUUCUACUUAGAUGAACACAGGACAUGCAUUCGAUGGCGUCCAUCGAGGAAAAAUGAAAAGGCAAAAAUUACCAUUGAUUCCAUUUGUAAAGUUUUAGAGUGGAGCCAAUCUACAAACUUUUAUCGACGUGCUGAAGGGAGCUUUGAUCCAAGCUGCUGCUUCAGCAUUUACCAUGGAAGUCAUAUGGAGACACUGGACUUAGUAACUUCCAACUCUGAGGAUGCACGCACUUGGAUAACAGGGCUAAAAUACCUAAUGGCGGGAAUCAAAGAUGAGGAUUUGCUUGCAAAAAGACUGAGGACGCAUGAUCAAUGGAUGAAACAGAUGUUUGAAGAAGCUGAUAGGAAUGGGGAUGGCUUGCUCUGCAUUGAGGAAAUCUAUCAACUGAUGCAUAAAUUAAAUGUGAAUCUGCCUCGCAGAAAAAUCAGGCAGAUGUUUCAAGAAGCUGACACAGGUGAAAAUCAGGGCACAUUAAGUCUUGAAGAGUUCUCUGUGUUCUAUAAGAUGAUGUCUUUGCGACGGGAUCUCUUCCUACUGGUGAAAGCUUACAGUAACAAGAAAGACCAUCUAACUGUGGAAGAACUUGCUCACUUCCUCAAAUCAGAACAAAAAAUGUAUAAUGUGACAACAGAAUAUUGUAUGGAUAUUAUAAGAAAAUUUGAAGUCUCCGAGGCAAACAAGCAACAAAAUGUCUUGGGAGUCGAAGGUUUUACUAACUUCAUGCGCAGUCCUGCAUGUGACAUAUUUAACCCUUUGCACAAUGAAGUAAAUCAGGAUAUGGAUCAGCCCCUGUGCAACUACUUUAUUGCUUCAUCGCACAACACUUACUUGACAGGGGAUCAACUCCUUUCUCAAUCCAAAGUGGAUAUGUAUUCCUGGGUGCUUCAGGCUGGUUGUCGCUCUGUGGAAGUUGACUGCUGGGACGGUCCAGAGGGAGAUCCAAUUGUACAGCAUGGUUAUACACUCACUUCUAAGGUCCUAUUCCGAGAUGUUAUUGAAACCAUCAAUAAAUAUGCUUUUAUCAAAAAUGAGUAUCCUGUUAUUCUGUCUAUUGAGAACCACUGCAGCAUCCAGCAGCAGAAGAAGAUUGCCCAGUAUUUGAAAGAUAUCCUUGGAAAUAAACUAGAGUUAUCUUCUGUUGAAAGUCAUGGAAAAUACCAUUUUCCUACUCCUCAAAGUCUAAAGGGAAAAAUUCUUAUAAAGGGGAAGAAACUCCCUGCUGACCUCAGCACUGAUGCAGAAGAAGGCGAGGUGUCUGAUGAAGAUAGCGCUGAUGAAAUUGAAGAAGAGUGCAAAUUAAAGCAAAUCAAUGGUAAUGCUACAAGCCACCAUCAAGUGGAAUGUUUUAUCAGAAAGAAACUGGAUUUCUUACUAAGUGAAUCUCAGAUCCAAGAUAAGGAAAAUCCAGAUCGACAUGCAGUCUGUGCACUUCUGAGGGCAACGCACAAAGGUCUAAAUGACAAUCUACAACAGAAAUUGCAUGUUAAGAAAAAUAUGAAAGAAAGUGGGAAGAAAUCUCACAGCCAUUCAUUUAUCAGCAGCUUUUCCAAACAGAAGAAAAGUGCAAAAUCCAAGGCAAAACUGUACAAUUCAAAUGAUGAGGAUCAGCAGAAUACUCCUGGUAAAGAAUCUGGGCCAGCCUACAGGUUGGGCCAUUGCAAAAAAACAAUGAAACUCUAUCGUGGUCUUUCUGACCUGGUGAUAUACACCAAUUCUGUGACUUCUCAGGAUCUCCUAGGGAAAGGAUCUGCUGGGAAAGUUUUGUCCUUAAGUGAGACUCAAGCCCACCAACUUUUGCAUCAAAAGCCUGAACAAUUUAUUUAUUUUAACCAGAAACAUCUCUCCCGGGUAUACCCAUCAGCCUUCAGAAUAGACUCCAGCAAUUUUAACCCACAAGAAUACUGGAAUGUUGGUUGUCAGAUGGUGGCACUAAAUUAUCAGACUGAUGGUCGUAUGAUGCAACUAAACAGAGCCCUAUUUAUGCAAAAUGGAAAUUGUGGGUAUGUCCUAAAACCUCAAUCAAUGUGCCAAGGUGUUUUUAACCCAUUCACUGAAGAUCCUCUGCAUGGCCAUCCAAAAAAGCAGCUAACCCUAAAAAUAAUCAGUGGGCAGCAGUUGCCAAAGCCACCUCAUUCUAUGCUUGGGGACAGAGGCGAGAUAAUUGAUCCCUUCGUUGAAGUGGAAAUUAUCGGUUUACCAGUUGAUUGCUGUAAGGAACAGACCAGAGUAGUGGAUGAUAAUGGAUUUAACCCUGUGUGGGAAGAAACUAUUACUUUUACAGUCCACAUGCCUGAAAUAGCCCUGGUUCGAUUUCUGGUGUGGGAUCAUGAUCCAAUUGGUCAAGAUUUUGUAGGUGAAAGAACUGUGUCCUUUAGUACUCUCAUGCCUGGAUACCGGCAUAUUUACUUGGAGGGCAUGACAGAAUCUUCACUAUUUGUACAUGUGACGAUUCAUGACAUUUGUGGAAAGCAACUGAUGGGACUCAAGAGUCUGUUUAGCAAGAACCCCAAAUAUCCUUCAGUAAACAACAACCAAGGCAAUGUUAUACAAAAGAAAUCCUUUGGGAAUCAAAUUCUACGUCGCACUGCCAGUGCACCCACAAAGGAAAGAAAAAAGAGCAAAAGUGUGCUUUUGGAAACUUGCACUGACUUGAGCGAGCAAGAAGCCAAUCCUCUUAAUUCCAGCAAGCAAGAAACAUGCAGUAAACGAGGAACAAAGAAACUCCGUGUACGUCCUACUUCUAUGCCAGUCGAUAAUUUGCUUUAUGGAGAGAUGUCGCCACCUGCUGUUGAAAAAUCUGAACCUAAAACGGGGACAAACCCAAGUCUAAAAGGUUGUGAAGAAAAAAUUACGAAUUCGCCACUUCCUUUGCCUCAAUGUAUUCCAUUAUCAGGUGCUAAUGAGUUGAGUGGAUCUCCAUCACAAGAGUUGGCAAGGAGUAGUCCUAAGGAGUUAUCUGUAAACACAGAACACUGUUCAUCAGAUAAUCUAAUACAUCAACGUAUUUACUUUGAAAACCUUCCUUCCAAUGAGCAGUAUUGUGACAAUUCUGUUCAAAUGGAUGAAGUGUGUGAUCAAGUACAGUUGCACAAACCUGAACAGUUCCAAUGUAAUGGUAUGUUGUGGCAGCAGACCAGUGAAAACCUAUUACCAGACCAGAAACUCACCAAGUUACAAGAGGAACCAAUUGAAAAUAUUUCUACUCCACUUUGUAAUGCAAAAUUUGUAGGAGCUGAAGAAAAGAUUGAACAUUAUAUCGCAAUGUCUUCUAUUUCUUCACCAGUCUCUGUAAAUGAUUUUGAUCCUUCACAAAACUUGGGUACAACUCUAGACAGCACAGUCUCUCAUCUCAUUGAUGCUAUGUCCUUGCCCAGUGAAAGUGAAAUAGGUAGUCCUAUUUCAGCCCUCAUUGCACAGUUUGAUACAACAGACAGAACUAAUCUGACUAUGAUUUCAAGUUUUCAAGAAACCAGCGAUCACACUUUAAGCAUGAUGUCUGGACUGUCACACCCUUGUGGUUUGGAAACAAAUACAUCUGUAAAUCUAUUGUGUAGAAAUGUUAAAGCUAAGAAAGCAUGCUUGAAUCUAACAGCAGAUACAACUAUCUUCUCUAGCCCUGAGAUGUCCGAUCAUUCCUCGUAUACCAUACUAAAUGAGGAAGUCCUAUCUCCUAUUUCUUUUCAACACACACCAAACAGAAACGUCAGUGACAGAAUCUUAGAUGGAACAUUCGAUAAGACCUUAAAUCUUCUGGGUACCAGUACUAAUACCCCUGUAAAUUCAGGUCUAGCCAGCACCCAUGAUGCAACUUGGAGCAGGAUUGAUGCUGACAGUAAAUGUAGUAGUACAAAUACUAUAUAUGUAGCAGCUGAUAAUGCAAUUCUUAAUGCAUCUCCACCAAUAGAUUCCAUUGGCAGUAGUCUUUUAGAAGUAGAUGACUUUGAUUUUACUGUCACCACCACAGGGAGCUGUAACGAAGAAUCAAGUCCAGGAAACUCUUCAUCAGCUCAGAAUUUCUAUCAGUUGAGCCAGGAAAAAGGUAAAAAAGCAACCAAUUUUUUGUUUUUGGAGAAUUCGCCGGCAACAAAUGCAAAUGAAAGGGCAUUGUGUAUUUCUGAAAGGAAUAUUUGGAACCCACUGCAUUCAGAUGCAAAUGAAACCACGGUAGCCAACCACCCCUUUAUUGCAGCAAAACAACCAACUGCGAGUAAAUCCAAGAGCCUUGGAGAUCUGACUUCAGAGGACAUAUCUUGUACCUUUGAAAGCAAGUACAAAUUCAUUAGCAAAAGUUUCAUUGUGCCAAGUAUUAAAGGACAGAAAACAAUGCCUUCCCUUAAAAAUAUGCAAAAGCCUACAGAUGCUUUAACAGAGCAGUUGCGCAAACUUGUAUCCUUGGAGCAGGAGGAAAAUCAAGAAACUCAUGUUCCAAUUAUAAGGCUGGAAUCUGGUCACCAAAGAGGUCUGGUAAGAAAGCUCUCGUCUAGAAGCCAGAGCAGAGUCCGUUAUGUUGCUAAUAGGGCAAAGAAGAUACAGGAGGCCAACAAGCAUAAAUUUUCUGGUAACUGUACCUCUGGUGGUGUGGUUUUAAGAAAGAAAACCCCAGUGCAGCACCAUACAGUUAAUAGGCACUCCACAGGUUCCUACAUUGCAGGUUACCUAAACCAGCUUAAAGAAGAAGGUUUGGAAGGUCGUGGUAUUCCUGAGGGUUCUUGUAGUACAUUGCUCCACAGAUAUAGUGACAACAUUUACAAUGAUGACUCAGUCUUGCAAACUGAACCCAGCUCUGUCAGUGAACCAGAGAUUUAUUUCUUACUUCGACUGUGAUUUAGGUGUAAAGAAAAAUACAAUUUGUAACUUUUAAAAUAACUCUUCCAUUGAAGCAUUCUUUCAUGAUGAUAUUAAUUAUCUGUUUAAAUGUGCAAGAGUUGUCAUCUUAAAAAUAUGUAUUUGACUUGACUAAUUGUGGACAUUCCUCAGAAGUUUAGUUGUGAUGUCAGAAGUUAAUACUGUAUCAUUUACAUUACAUGUGGAAGUCUGUCAAAUUUGUACAUUUUGU